CGGAGUUCGAUUUUCGGAGUGAUACCAUCACAACUUCCACAAUAUCUCAUCCAUGUUGAUGGCCAUCCAAAAUACAACUCUCUUUGACGAUGGCUAUGGACAAAACCCGACCACUUCAUCUUUGGAAGUUCACAUGGCCGAGUUAUACAACCACAAAGUCGGAGUUUUUCUCCUCUCGGGUGCCAUAGGAAACCAAAUCGCUCUGCGAACACUUCUCACUCAACCUCCACAUUCCGUUCUAAGCGGUCAUCGAGCACAUAUCCUGUGUCUCGAAGCCGGAGGAGUUUCUAUGCUGAGAGGUACUAUGGUCGAAGGUGUGGUGCUUCCAUUCAAUGACGUUGUACUACUCAAAUGGUUCCAGGGCUCCACUUGGUAGUUUUCUCGCUGGAAGAACGGCCUUCAUAGAGCUAGCGAGAUGGAUGAGACAGGCUAUUGUUGAUACCUUGAGACAACCUGGAGAUCUGGUGGCUGCAGCCCGGAGCGCUGUCGAUGUGAACUUUGGGGCCGGGUCAAAUGGAAAGGGCAACGUUUUGAAAAGGACUCCUGCCAUUGCUCAACGUAUCGAAGCAUUCCGGCAAAGCCUGGGUGGUUCUGUUGCUCAUCUAGUUGAUACUAACAUGGUUUGGAUCGAUCAUCGACCUCAAGAAAGCUGUAAUCGAUUCGCAAACACUGAGAGAAGGGGCAAGAAAAAGUGGCGUGAAGUUGACAAGUGGUAGAAUUGCGGUACAUUGCCAGGUAGGUAUUGAGGUUGUAAAGAGGCUGGAAGCUGUCUUCGCUAUGUUGGUGCGGAAAUGGGAG